AUGAUUGAAAACCCCGAGAUCAGAGAUCAUAUCACCAUCGAUGAUUUGAAAAAUAAAAGAAAAACAAUUCGCUCUUUAACAACUCGAUUAAUAACAAAAAUUGAAAACUUGAUGAAUGAUGAUAAUGUUGAAACUAAAGAAAAGAUCGAAGAAUUAAUAGAUUAUAAGAACAGUAUAAAUAAAAGUUUAAAAGCAAUAAAUAAUCGAAUUGAACCACUAAUUGAAAGUGAGGAAAUAGAAAAUGAAAUUAUUGGAAUUGAAGAAUAUUCGGAAAAAAUAAUAAAGUGGCAAUCUCGAAUCGCAAGAUUUUUGAAAGAAAACAAUAAAGAAAGUAGAGGAGGAGAAGAAUCAUUUAACAGCGCACAAUCUAAAUUUGUUCCAGAAAUAAGUAAUGCAGUUAAACUCCCAAAACUAAGCAUAAACAAAUUUUACGGAGAAACAACAUUAUGGCUUGAAUUUUGGAAUCAAUUUGAAAUCGCGAUCCAUGAAAACGAAAGUUUAACUGAGAUACAAAAAUUUACUUAUUUAAAGAGUUUAUUGGGUGGAAUUGCAUUAAAUGCUAUUAGAGGGUUUGCUUUGACUAAAGAAAAUUAUAUGAAAAGUAUAGAAUUGCUAAAAGAUAGAUUUGGGCGGGAAGAUUUAGUGAUUAAUAGUCAUAUGAAUCGUCUAUUAAAUCUUGAUCCCGUAAAAAAUUCUAGUGAUAUUAGAGCAUUACGGAAUUUAUAUGAUAAUUUAGAAGUAAACAUUAGAUCUUUAGAAAGAUUAAAUGUAGUCUCUGGAACAUAUGGACACUUAUUAUGCCCUAUAUUAUUAAAACUAAUACCAGAAGAUUUAACUUUAGAAUACAACCGCAAACGAAAAUCAAAAUCAGAAUUUAAUGUUUCGGAAUUAAUUCAAUUUAUUAAGGAAGAAAUUCAAGUACGCGAAUCAUCUACAUUAUUCCAUGAUAAUGCUAAGAAAAAUAAACACUAUAAUUAUUAUAAUUCCAGGGAAGUAAUAAAUAACAAAAAACAGUUCAGAUCGAAUAUUCCCACAGCUUCAGCAUUGGCUACUAAUGUAAAAUUUAAUUGUGUAUUUUGUAAAUCAGAACAUGAUUCAUUUAUUUGUGAAAAAAUGUCGGUUUCUGAAAAAAGAGAUAGAUUAAUGCGCGAAGGUCGUUGCUUUAAAUGUUUCCGAAAAUCACAUUUAAGUUCACAAUGUAGGAGUAAAAUUAGUCCUUGUAAAAAAUGUAAUAGUAAAUCUCAUCACGAAAUAAUUUGUUUUGGAAUUCCGAAAACUCAAAACGAAAGUUCGCAAGAAACCGCAGAGAAAAAUACAGUCGUAGCCAGCGUUUCUCAUGUCGAAGAGGGACAAAAGGGGGAAUUUCAAUCAGUGUUUUUACAAACAUGUGUUGCGAAUUUACAUUUGGCAGACAAAACGCAGGAGAUAAAUAUUUUAUUUGAUUCCGCAUCGAUGAGGUCAUUCAUUACUAGAGAAUUAGCUCAAAAGCUUAAUCUCCCGAUAAUAAGAAAGGAAAAUUUAUUAGUUUAUACUUUUGGAAGCCGUGAACCGCAAGAAAAAACAUUUGAUAUAGUAAAGGCGAGUAUAAGCAAUAAAAAAUAUCCUACUCGAAGGUCAGAGUUCGAAUUAUUGGUUUCAAGUACCAUAACACGUGCUUCUUUCCCACCGCAUAAUAAUAAAAUAAAGUUGCUGCUUGAGGAUUUUGCGCUUACUGAUUUAUGCCUUUCGAAAGGAAUAAAUUCCAUUGAUAUAUUAAUUGGAGCAGAUUAUUAUUGGAAACUCCACACUGGGUACAUAAAGGAGUUGACUAAAGAUUUGUUUUAUGUCGAAACAUUACUCGGCGGAAGCGUAACUGGGAUUACUCAUUCAGAUUUAAAAAAUGACUCUAUCAUUGAAAAUUUAUGUUAUUGUAAGGAAAAAUUUAAUUGUGAGGAAUUAACUAGUGAAAAUAAUUCUUGUGAUGAUAUAAAUUUACAGUUACGGAAAUUUUGGGAUAUUGAAAGCUUAGGCAUAAAUGAUAAAAUUCAGAAUACACCUUUAGAGCAAGAAACUUUAAAACAGUUUGAACAAAAUAUAAAAUUUCAGGAUGGCAGAUACGUAGUUAAAUUACCAUUUAAAGAUGAGGUAAACAUUUCUGACAAUUUUAAUUUAUCUAAAAGAAGGUUAAUUAGUUUAACAUCGCGUUUUAAUAAAAAUCCUUCUUUGCAUGAUAAUUAUGCUAGUAUUUUUAAAGAACAAUUAUCGGAAGGAAUAAUAGAACCUGUUAAUGAUAAAUCAAUAGUUCCAAAUAUGGUUUAUUACUUACCUCAUCAUCCAGUAAUUAGAAAUGAUAAACAAACUACAAAGUUACGGAUAGUUUUUGAUGCUUCGGCUAAAGAAAAAAAUUGCUACUCUCUAAAUGAUAACUUAUUAUCGGGUCCCAAUCUAAACCCUAAUCUUUUAAUUUUACUAUUAAAAUUUCGCGAGUUUAAGAUAGGAAUAAUUGCUGAUUGUGAAAAGGCUUUCCUACAAUUGUUAAUUGAUGAACAUGAUAGGGACUAUCUUAGAUUUCUUUGGUCAGAGCAAUUCCCUCCCAAGAAAAUUGAGGUUUUUCGCAAUAGAACCGUAACUUUCGGAGUAAAAUCAUCAACAUUUUUACUGGCUGGAACAAUAAAGUAUCAUAUCAAAAAUUAUAAAGAAUCUCAUCCUUUGGCGUGUAAGGUUUUAAAUGAAAAUUUGUAUGUCGACGAUCUUAUUACUGGUACAAAUACGAUUGAAGAUGGACUACUAUUAUCCAGGGACACUAAAUUAAUAUUAAAGGAUGCAUCAAUAAAUCUUAGGAAGUGGAAGAGUAAUUCUAAGGAGUUAUGCCAAAAAUGGCAAGACACGAAAUUUGAAAAAUAUCCUAGUGAAGAAACAGUACCUUUAAAGGUUUUAGGAUUAAUUUGGAAUACUUUAAGGGAUGAAUUUAAUUUAGAUUUAAGUUCUUUAAUUGACUCUUUGGAAAAUGUGAAAAAUACUAAGAGAAGCGUAUUACGCAUAUCAUCGAAAUUAUUUGAUCCAAUGGGAUAUAUAACAGCAUUCACGAUUAGAAUUAAAAUUCUUCUUCAAGAAAUAUGGGAACAAGGCUUAGAAUGGGAUGAGGAAUUCGGAGAUAUUUUAAGACUGAAAUGGGAAAAAUGGUAUAAGGAAGUAAAUGUAUUAAAGGAACUUUCACUACCAAGAUAUUAUUUUCAUGAAGAAGAUAGCUGUUCCGAAGUAGGGAAUUAUAAGAUAAUUAUAUUUUGUGACGCAAGUGAGAAGGCGUAUGGAGCGAUUGCAUAUAUUCGAUAUGAAAGAAAUCAAAAUUUUUACGUAAGCUUCGUUACUUCAAAGGCACGCGUUGCACCAUUGAAGAAGUUGAGUCUACCAAGAUUAGAACUGAUGGCCACUCUUAUAGGUUCCAGAUUAUUGGAUACUUUAAGGAAAGUGUUUCAAAUAAAUAACAACUAUAUACUAUAUUCUGACUCAACCAUAGCCCUUAGUUGGAUUCGAGGAAAUGCAAAUCAGUGGAAGACAUUUAUUUCAAACAGAGUAAGUGAGAUCCAAACUUUAACAGAUCCUACUAAUUGGAAGUACAUAAAGGGAAAUGAUAAUCCAGCUGAUAUCAUAUCAAGAGGAUGCAGUGCUAAUGAUUUGCUCUCAAGUGCAACUAUUUUUAAUGGACCAACAUGGUUGACAUUAAGCGAAGAAAAAUGGCCGAAAAACGAAGAAAAUUUUAGAAGAUCAGAUGUAGAUGAAGAAAAGAGAUCAAAAUUUAUUGCAGUUAAUUAUGCAAGUGAAAAUAAUGUUCACGAUUCAAUUUUCGAUAUCCACAAAUUUAGUUCUAUUAAGAAGGUUUACCGAAUAACAGCCUGGAUUAGAAGAUUUAUAACAAAUUUGAGAGUGAAGAAAGAAGAUAGAAUCAAAAAUGUUUUAACUGCAGAAGAAUUAGAAGAAGCUGAAAACCUUUGGUUGAGACACGUACAAGCAAAGAACUACAGUAAGGAUAUAGAUUGCUUAAAGGAAGGACAACAUUUACAGAAGUGCUCAAAAAUCAGAGACUUAAAUCCGUUCAUUUCUGACAAAGGGAUUCUACUUGUGGGUGGAAGACUACAGCACUCCAAUUUGAACUAUUAUGAAAAACAUCCUAUACUAUUACCAUCAAAAACUAAAUUUACAGAACUGAUAGUGAAGGAAGCACACGAAAAGACCCUACACUCUGGUAUUUCAGACACACUAACGCAGGUACGAGAGAAGUUUUGGAUUCCGAAAGGUCGGCAAUUUAUUAAGUCAAUAAUUGGAAGAUGCGUCUUAUGUAAGAGAUUCAAUGUUCGAUCAGGAAGAGAAAUUAUGGCUCCUCUUCCUAAAGACAGAAUAGAACAGUCACCUCCAUUUUCAGUUACUGGCCUGGAUUUUGCUGGACCCUUAUUUGUGAAAGAUUCUGACAGUAAGUUUUACAUCAUGCUAUGCACCUGUGCAGUUACACGAGCGAUACACCUGGAAAUUGUUUCCAGUUUAACAACUGAAGCAUUUUUACUUGCUUUUCGUCGCUUCAUUUCCAGAAGAGGACUGUGUUCUGUAAUUUAUUCAGACAAUGCUCAGACGUUCAAACGAGCAGAGUUUGAAUUGAAAAAAAUGUGGACUAUUUUGAGCAGUUCUGAAGUGAGUGAGUUUUAUUCCUCAAAAGGAAUAAGGUGGAAAUUCAUCGUUGAAAGAGCACCCUGGUGGGGUGGAUUCUACGAGCGAAUGGUUCGUUCAAUGAAAAUCAUUCUUCGGAAAUUACUGAGGAAAACAUCUUUGACUAGUGAAGAACUCGAAACAGUUCUAUGUGAAAUAGAAGCUGUGAUUAACUCGAGGCCUAUUACUUACGUGACUACAGAUUCUCCAGAAACUUUUCCUCUAACGCCAUCCCACAUGCUACUUGGAAGACGAUUAAUAAGUUUACCGUCAGUCAAGUUAUCCGGUAUUGACUGCAUGAUUGACAAAAAAAUGAUAAUUAAAAAAUUUAAAUAUCGAGAAAGACUUAUAAAUCAAUUUUGGAAGAAAUGGAAAAGGGAUUAUCUUUUAAAUUUAAGAGCUGUCAAUUAUGUAAAUUUGGAUAAAGGUAAUCAAAAUUUUAAGGUAAAUGAUAUUGUUUUGAUUCAUGAUGACAAACUUCCAAGGAGCAUGUGGAAACUUGGAAAAAUUGUGGAAACAUUUCAAGGACGUGAUAACAAAAUAAGAGCAUGUGCUUUGAAAACAGAUACGUCAAUAAUAAAACGUCCUAUAAAUUUAUUAUAUAAUUUAGAAGUGAACAAUUAAAUUAAUAUGAACAUUCUAUUUGAACUUUAAAUUCACAUUUAUUAUUAUUUGAACAUUUUAUUUUACAAUAUUACUUAAGAUAAUCAUUUAACUUACAAAUUAAGUUUAUCUUAAGAUAUUAUUUGAACUUUUUUGAUUUAAAGAAAAUAUGCAUACAUAUAUAUUUUCUUGUUUAAAUGCAUGUUUGUUUAAAAUUGAAAUAUUUUGCAUGUGAAAGAAUUUGUGUUGUGAAAAUUGCUUGAUUUAUUAUUCAUGAUAUGAUAAUUUAAUUUCAUCAAUUGAUAUUUACUUAAAUUUCAAUAAUUUCAUUUUUAAGGUAAUAAUUUGUUAAAGGUUUGAACUAAUGCUCAUGAAACAUAUUAUUUUAAGAAUUCAAUUAAUAUUAUUGCAUUAUAAUCUUUAUAUAAUUAAGAAGGGCUCAUAUUGUAAAAAGGUAAGAUUAUAUUAUAUUUUAAAUAUUGGUACCUUACAUUUGAGAAAAAUAACUUUGAUUAAUAUAUGAAAUGACAAAAUUGUUAUGAACUAAAAGUUCAUCGGGGGGAAGUUUGUUAAUUAUAAUUUCUAAUACUCAAUAGAUGACGCUCUGCGCAGCAAUGUAAAAUCAUUAGUUUCUAAUCAGUUUCCUCCAUGCCACUGUACCAUUAUCAUCAUCCUUCUUGUUAUUAAAUAUAUUUUAUGUUAAAAAGCGUUUGUUAUGAUUGAAAACCCCGAGAUCCGUUUUUCCUCUUAUCUGCACUGAUUAAUGAGAAGCAACCACGAGGAUUAGUGAGCAAAGUGUACAAGGGAGGAGCCUUCUAGUUUUUUAAAUAAUUGUUAAAUUAUUAGU